AUGGCCAGAGAGUUGGGCAUGUCAAGGGCGGCCACGCCACAGGGCCGCUUGGCCGCCCUCCUGGGCCUCGACCUCCGGGCCGCGGAGGGCGCCGACGCGGUGAUUUUGCGUGGCAUGCGCCUGGCUGCGAUGUACCGCGUCCAUUGCCAUUGCCGGCACGGGCAGCUCCGCCGUGGGCGGGCAGCAGCGGAGGCGCUGCGCCAGGCUUGCCGCGAGGUCGGUGCGACGGGCGGCUCGCGCCGCAGGCGGCUGCUGCUGUCCCUGCUGCUGCGGCUGCUCUGGAGGAUGCCCGCCCAUCCUCGCUUCCGGGGGAUGCCGGUCCAUCUUCGCGUGGCGCGGCUGACUUAG